AUGGCAUCAUCACAAGCACCAAACACAUUAUCCGCCCACGUCGCUAAAGGCACCCCCAUAAUUCUGGACGGUGCACUAGCAACUUAUCUGGAGACCUUGGGAGCAGACAUAAGCGGCGCGUUAUGGUCAGCAUCAAUUCUUCUGGACCAACCGUCCCUAAUCAAACAAACGCAUCUCGACUACUACCGCGCAGGCGCAAAUGUCGCAAUCACAGCAUCCUAUCAAGCCUCCGUUCCGGGACUAGUCAAGCAUCUAAGCUUGAGUGAAGAGGAAGCCAAGAAAGUCGUGAAGAAAAGUGUGCAACUAGCGCAGCAAGCAAGAGAUGAAUAUGUCACCGAAACAAAUGAAGAUGUUCGGAGUACAUUGUUCAUAGCGGGCAGUGUAGGCCCAUACGGCGCUUUCCUCGCAGAUGGCUCAGAAUACCGAGGCGACUACUCCAUCCCACAGGAAGAGAUGAAGAACUUUCACCGCGGACGCAUCCAAGCCCUUGUAUCUGCCGGUGUCGACAUUCUGGCUUGCGAGACCAUACCGUCGAAAGGCGAAACCGAAGCCCUCCUAAACCUCCUUACCACAGAGUUCCCCAGCACAGAAGCUUGGUUUGGAUUCACACUACGGGAUAGCUCGCAUAUCAGCGAUGGAACGCCUUUGUCCGAGAUCGCAGCAAUUUUCGAUGAUGUGGAACAGGUGGUUGCGCUGGGCUUCAAUUGUGUACCAGACGAUUUGGGGUUGGCUGCUUUGAAGACUUUAAAGCCAUUGGUGAAGAGAGGAACUUUGCUUGUGUAUCCCAACUCUGGUGAGCAGUGGAAUGCUCAGGCGAGGAAGUGGGGAGGUAAGAGAACAGAAGGGUCUACAUUGGCGGAAAAGACAAGGGAGUGGUCUGAUACUGGGGCUGGUUUGAUAGGAGGAUGUUGCAGAACUACACCGGAGGAUAUUGGUGUUAUGAAGAAGGCACUUGAGGGACGCCACUAG